UUCAUGCAGGCAGCCAGCUAUAUAUAUGGAGCAGCCUCCAUACAGAUUAUGCAAAAAAGCAUGUUUCCCCUAAUGGAAUUAAGUGGUUCCACUCUAGUACACUACCCUUCAUCACAGCCCCAAGAAGAGAAUGAGGGGUUAGUGUUUGACUCAACCAACUUGCUUCAAAUGCAAGGUGACAUGCCCAAAGAGUUCCUUUGGCCUUCUGGGGACUUGGUCAACACCACCCAAGAGGAGCUGAAGGAACCCCUUGUGGACUUAGGCAUCAUGAGAAAUGGUGAUGAGGGUGCCAUUGCCAAUGCUGCAGAGCUUGUGAGGAAUGCUUGCUUGAAGCAUGGCUUCUUCCAAGUUGUCAACCAUGGUGUGGACCCAAAUCUCAUUGAUGCUGCUUAUCAACAACUUGACUCUAUUUUUAAGCUCCCAAUUGCCAGAAAACUUAGUGCCAAAAGGAAACCUGGUGGUGUCUCUGGAUACUCUGGGGCUCAUGCAGAUCGUUACUCCUCCAAAUUGCCAUGGAAAGAGACUUUUUCUUUCCUUUAUGCCCACCAAAGCAUCUCCAACUCCCAAAUUGUUGACUACUUUGUGUCUGUCUUGGGGGAGGACCUUCAUUACACAGGAUUGGUGUAUCAAAAGUACUGUGAAGCAAUGAAGGAGUUAUCUUUGGUAAUUAUGGAGCUGUUGGCGAUUAGUUUGGGAGUGGAUCGAGAGCAUUAUAGAAGAUUUUUUCAAGAUGGUGACUCAAUAAUGAGGUGCAACUAUUAUCCACCUUGCAACAGUGCGAACCUUACCUUAGGCACUGGCCCUCACACUGAUCCAACUUCAUUAACCAUUCUUCACCAAGACCAAGUUGGAGGCUUAGAAGUUUUUGUAGAUAACAAAUGGCUCGCUGUUCGCCCAAGAUCUGAAGCAUUAGUCAUAAACAUUGGUGACACUUUCAUGGCAUUGUCAAAUGGAAGAUACAAGAGUUGUCUACACAGGGCAUUGGUGAACACAUACAAGGAGAGAAGGUCAUUGGUAUACUUUGUGUGUCCAAGAGAAGACAAGGUGGUGAGGCCCCCAGAGAAUCUCUUAUGCACAAAUAAUGAAGAAAGGAAGUACCCUGAUUUCACAUGGUCCAAUUUGUUUGAAUUCACUCAGAAGCAUUAUAGGGCUGAUGUUACCACUCUCCAAAGCUUCUUUCAGUGGCAAUGCCAAUGCUCUUCCAACUUUAUCUAGCUACUACUCUUUUGCCUAAUUAUUAUUUCCCUUUUUAAUAUUUACCAUGUCACAAUCUCAUGUACGGUCCUUUUUUAUUCAACUUUCAUUUUCUGUUGGGUGUCAAUAUAUGUAUGUGUUUUGCUUUCAGUAAGGUUGGCCAGAUUGGUAAAUAAAUGCUUAAAAUGGUGACUGUCGUGCCUUGUACAAGAUAUUGUGUGUAUAAUAAU